CGCGCCGCCCGCCUCCUCCCGGCCGCCCGCCGGCGGCCUCCCGGGCGCAGUGAGGGGGAGCUGCCCAGCCGCCCUGGGCCGGGGGAAGGGGCGGGCGGCGCGAAGCCGCUCUAACCGCAGCCGCCGAGCGGAGUGGGAAAUUAUUUAGAAUGCCCAAACUGAAGAAGACUGAGGGAUUGGGACAGAGGUGCACAUUCAAGAACCACCUUGCUCUGAAAAACCUGCAACUGUAAGGUGGAGGACAAUUUUUCCUUUUUCAGCAUGCAAAAAGGAAAAAUUUUUAUCGCUUUCUUGCAUGAUCUACCUUGAUCCCCCUUAAUGUACAGUCUAAGCGGGAAAUCACUUAUAUGUGUCGGUAACUCACAUCCUUGCACUGUGCUGUUAUCCUAUACCUGUUUUGAAAAUGUUUCACAUGAAUUUCUUAUUACAAUCAAAGCAGCUGUAUUUCACGUAAGAAAGGGAAUAAAAAGCAAAGAUUCAGGGCCCCAAAGAAGUAAACUAAAUCAAAACCACAGCGGAAAAAUCUCCUACAGCAAAGUCCAGAGGGAAGAGUAGCAAAGGGUUAAAAUCCUUUUGAUUGACGUUGUAGCCUCCGGUGCCCCGGGCUCAGGCGCGCGCCAUUGGCCGCCAGACCUUGUGCCUGGCGGCCAAUGGGGGGGCGCGGUCCACGAGCGGUGCCGCGUGUCUCCUCCUCCCAUUGGCUGAAAGUUACUGUGGGAAAGAAAGUUUGGGAAGUUUCACACGAGCCGUUCGCGUGCAGUCCCAGAUAUAUAUAGAGGCCGCCAGGGCCUGGGGAUCACACAGGAUCUGGAGCUGGUGCUGAUAACAGCGGAGUCCCCGGUCUACGUCUCUCCUUGGUCCUGGAAUAGGGCUACAGAUCACCAAGUAGCUGUAAAAUAUUAAGUAAACCCUCAGCACUUGCUCAGUAAUUUUGUAAAGUCUCAAGUAAAAGGGACAUAAACAAAAAAUUCUCUUUUGUGCAGAACUCCAAAAAUAAAAUUCUCUAGGGAUUUAAAAAAAAAAAAAAAGAGGAAAGAAAAUGCCAGCUGAUAUAAUGGAGAAAAACUCCUCGUCCCCGGUGGCUGCUACCCCAGCCAGUGUCAACACGACACCGGACAAACCAAAGACAGCAUCAGAGCACAGAAAGUCUUCGAAGCCUAUCAUGGAGAAAAGACGAAGAGCAAGAAUAAAUGAAAGUCUGAGCCAGCUGAAAACACUAAUUUUGGAUGCUCUUAAAAAAGAUAGCUCGCGGCAUUCCAAGCUGGAGAAGGCAGACAUUCUGGAGAUGACAGUGAAGCACCUACGGAACCUGCAGCGGGCGCAGAUGACGGCGGCACUAAGCACAGACCCAAGCGUGCUGGGGAAGUACCGUGCCGGCUUCAGCGAGUGCAUGAACGAGGUGACCCGCUUCCUGUCCACGUGCGAGGGCGUUAACACCGAGGUGCGCACCCGGCUGCUGGGCCACCUGGCCAACUGCAUGACCCAGAUCAACGCAAUGACCUACCCCGGGCAGCCUCACCCCGCCUUGCAGGCGCCGCCGCCGCCCCCUCCAGGACCCGGCGGCCCCCAGCACGCGCCAUUCGCACCGCCGCCGCCACUCGUACCCAUCCCCGGGGGCGCGGCGCCCCCUCCCGGCGGCGCCCCCUGCAAGCUGGGCAGCCAGGCUGGAGAGGCGGCUAAGGUGUUCGGCGGCUUCCAAGUGGUACCGGCUCCUGACGGCCAAUUUGCCUUUCUCAUCCCCAAUGGGGCCUUCGCGCACAGCGGUCCUGUCAUCCCCGUGUAUACAAGCAACAGCGGGACCUCCGUGGGCCCCAACGCAGUGUCGCCUUCCAGCGGCCCCUCGCUCACCGCGGACUCCAUGUGGAGGCCGUGGCGGAACUGAGGGGUUCAGGCCACCCCUCUACUUAAACUCCCCAACCCAUUUCUCUUCCCUCUGGACACUAAACAGGAACUUGGAUACUGGGAGAAAAGAGGACUUUUGUGAUUAAGUGGUUACUUUGUUGUUGUUUUUUAAUUUCUAAAAAGUUACUUUUUUGUAGAGAGCUGUAUUAAGUGACUGACCAUGCACUAUAUUUGUAUAUAUUUUAUAUGUUCAUAUUGGAUUGCGCCUUUGUAUUAUAAAAGUUCAGAUGACAUUUCGUUUUUUACACGAGAUUUCUUUUUUAUGUGAUGCCAAAGAUGUUUGAAAAUACUCUUAAAAUAUCUUCCUUUGGGGAAGUUUAUUUGAGAAAAUAUAAUAAAAGAAAAAAGUGAAGGC